CCCCACAGCUAGGUCUGCGUUUCUUAGGUGUGCCGAGUCUUUUAAAUCGCUGUCUAUCUUAUUUAAAAAAAUAUAUAUCAGAAACUGGUGGUAACCGACAAUAAGCGAAAACGUGUGUAAUUAAAACGCUGGUUAAGGUGGGAGGUGACAGCGAUCAGUCCGGUCCUGCAGCUGGAUCUGCCUUCCUUGGGUGUGUCGAGUCCUUACAUCGCUGUCUUUCUUAGUAUAAAAAUAAAUAAAGAAAACUUGCUGGUAACCGACAAUAAGCAAAAAGCUUCUGUAGUUACUGAAGUGCAAAAGAGAGGUGCUUUCUUGUUCCAAAUCAACACCAAGAUGGCUGAGCAGCUGCAGAAAAUACUGGUAGAAAAGAAGGAUACUGUGGAGACUGUAAUGGAGGUGUUUGAGAAGGGUGCUGAAGUUAUCGCCAGCAUGGCAGGGGACCUUUUUCCUGUGUUCUCCAUUGCUGCACCUCUCGUGCAAUUAGCCCUGGACAACGUAGAGAGCAAAGAGGCAGAGUACAUGAAGGAACAGUUCCAGAAGGUUCGGGAACGCCUGGAAGUGAUGUCAGAGGAGGUGGAGCGCAUCAACCAGCAGAUCAAAAAGAGUGGCGUGGAUGCGGCCUACUUCCAGGUAGAGGAGAACCUCACCAAUCAGUUCCGUAAGUACAUGGACAUCCUCAACGCCAAGCCCAAGUUCCGUGAGGUCAAGAAGAAGCUCUUCAUGGAACAUUUUGCAAAGACUGGAGGCGAAAAGAACUUAAACACCCUGUAUGGAGCUGUGACUGGAGACAACUUCUCCAGUGAGUCGGUGUUGGAGAUCACGCUGAAUUAUGAAGAAAAAAACAGGAGGGUCAUGGAGGACUUCUGCGCCCGGUUAAAGAAUCUUUUCUGCGUGGGGCUCAUCGCCCUCUUGGGUCACGCUGCUCUGAAGGAGUGUGAUGAUGUCGACAAAAUUCUACAAGACUGGAACGAGAAGACUAAUGAUGUUCAGGCUAAAAUGAAUGCUGUCAUCGAGGACUGCAUCAAUAGCUUCCCAAAUCAGGCCCUUACAGACAUCCGGCGACUGGUGAGAGACCAGGGCGGGCCCAUGACCAAUCAGCAGCUUGCAGACGCCAUCAUAGAAACUCUGAAGCGGAAGUAUGACUGGGUCGGUUGGUCAGUUCGCAUAUAUAAUUCACCCAGUGGCAUCUUUGCUAGGAAGAAGGACUUUGACUGUUCAGCAGGAAAGAGUCGGUUUCAAGUGCCAGCACAAGAUGACAAGCUGAAUGUGAUGAUAUCCUACAGCGCCUCCCCUGAGCCUCUGGACAAACCUCAAAUACAGAAGCUGAUCCAGGAUCAGAAGAAGAUUUCUCCAGAAGCCACAGCAGAAUUGCUGUUUAAUUUGUUGCCAGUCUGUGUGAUUAACACGGUCAAGGUGACCAAGGACUUGGGCUGCUCCUGGAGCUUCACUGAUGAGCUACACUUCUGGGAGGUCUUUCAGAACGUCUAUGUCUGUGUCCAUUCUUCCUGAGCUGCUACGCUUUUUCUCACUGCUUGGUGUUGGGGGCAGAAUCACAGAAUUUAAUAUCAAGGCUAAAGGUGGAAUCCAGUGUCUUUCUUUAUUUUGAUUUUUCCAAUUAAAUCUGGUUUGAUUAGUUUGUCAAAUAUCUUAACAUACCUUUUAGCUUAGUAACCAAGUGCAUCAACUGCCUAUAGAUCCUUCACUUAAUCACCUUGCAUGACAGUAUCACCUUCCCAUCGUGAAGCACUUUACUGAAGAACUUUUAUUUCUUUUUAAUCCUUUCUGUACUCUCCAAUUCCUAGAAAUUUAUCUAUAUAUUAAAAAACAACCUUAUAUCACA